AUGGCAGCCAACUUGACUGCCUCAGUGCUGGAUCUGCAGCAGAACGCGAGCAGUGUUGUUCCAACUGCCACAGCGGCGGCGGCUGCGGCGGCCACAGAGGUCGCCCAUGUGCAAAAACAUGCUCAAAAUCCUAUCGUUGCCUUUAUCAUUGGAUUAUGCAUUGUCACGCUUUCAUCCGUCCUCAACGCUGGGGGAUUGAACCUAACCAAGCUGGACCACGUUCGACAAAAUGCGCUGCCAAAGGCGUCGAGGCAGAAGAAAGACUAUCUGAGACCGUUGUGGCUAAUUGGUAUGAUUCUUUACAUUCUAUCACAGCUACUGGGUAGUACGCUUGCCUUGGAAUACAUGAGAGCAGAAUAUGUCGCACCACUUGGCAGUACUUCCUUGAUUUUUAACUUCAUGUUCGCGUCGAUCCUUGUCGGCACUCCUGUCGGCCGGACAGACAUCUAUGGUACGGUUGUCGUUGUACUGGGUGUUUGUGGCAUUGUUGCCUUUGGAUCGAUCAACUCGGGUCUUGAGAGCGAUAUGGAUAUAGCACGCCUAUCAGCUCUCUGGGGUCGUGGCGGCUGGUUGCUCUUCUUCAUCCUUAUGUCAACUGCCCUCACAAUCGUCUUCUUUUGCACAUCCAUCUUGGACGCUGUGCUCUCUGCGCGCUCGGAUCUGUCUGCGUUACCUGCUGGGUCUGCAGCCAAUCGUCAACCUGCUCCCACAACUGUCAUAGGAAAGGCACGGUUCAAGUGUAUAUCGUGGGAAUAUUGGCUGCGCGACCUGCUUGAGCGUUGGACCGCAUCUAGGGACGAUAAUAUGUUGGCAUGGACGCUUGGUAUUGGUUGGGCUUGCGUGGGCGGUGGCUUGGCUGGAGGUUGCUUGGUAUUUGCCAAAGCUGUAGUUAAAUUGAUCUCUGGCGUAUUGAGCAAGGAGAAUACUGGAAAUCAGUUUGGUCAUCCGGCUGCGAUCAUUACAUUUAUAUUCUUGGCCAUUACUGCGGUAUCCCAGAUCAUUGCUCUGAACAAAGGCCUCAAGGUUUAUGAUAGUACCCUUGUCGUCCCAGUUUUCUACGGAGUCUAUACGGCGUCUGGGUUCCUUAACUCGCUGGUCUUCAAUGACGAAAUUGACGCAUAUCAAGGCUGGACGCUAUUCGCGAUUGCGCUCUCCAUUCUGGUUCUUAUCGGCGGCGUUGUACUACUCACAACGAAGAAACCCGAUCCCAACUUGGCAAAUCAUACUACAACUAUUGGCGUGCCUUCCCGAUCCCGAGCCAAAAACUCAGACGAAGAAAGCGCAGACGAACGGGAGACAGAAACGUUGCAUCAAAGCACACCUGGCGAGCGGUCUGAGCCAUUGUGGCAGAUUGGAGAAGACGACGAGGAUGAAGGGCGGAGCGCAAUGGGUGCCACAUCGCUCAGUCCCAAGAUAAACAGGACUCGAGCCAACUCGGGAUCGUUACGCUCCCGAUCGAACUCGUACCUCCCUCCAAAGCACGAAGGAGAGGAGGGCCGCGGUCUGAUGGGUGCCCAUGAUGAGGAGGAUGAGGAGGAUGCAGAGACCCCCACCGUCGGUCCACAACGUGGUCAAAGCUCUCGCAAACGAGACAGCGACGACGAUGACGAUGACGAAUUUGGAGGUUGGGAGAGGGCAAGUGUGACGGGCUCCCCUCGGGCUCGACGAUGA